GCCACCCUCGUGCGAGCCGUACGCGCACUCGACCAUGGCGACGCCGAAACGAUUCCGGAUCGGCUAGAAAGGGUGUGGGAUAUCCUCGAAGACUAUCGGGGCGGCAAUUUCCACGCCGCUGAGGAAAUGCUGCUGCGAUGGCUCCUCAAGAACAUGACAGGAUCCUCCUCGACUGCCGAACGAUUGCGACGAUAUCCCCGGGUUUGGCACAUCUUGGCCGCCGUUUUCACCCUGAUUCCGCUCUUCUCCCUGGCAAAAUCAUUAGCCGACCGUCGCUUCGUCGGUCUCCUGCAACAGACGCUCAAGGAUAUUGCUGCUCCGGAGCAGGAGCAGACGGACGUUAAUGGACACGGCCCCGACUCGGACGUCGACAUGGCCGAUGCUCCCUCUCCCGGCAGUCCUGCAAACCCCCGCAAACGGAAGAGACCAGACACAGUAGGCUUCCAUGCCGCGAGCCAGAGACGACUGUCCGGCUGUCUGCAUACCGCCGAGGCGGUCUUCGACGCCGUCCGGAUCCUGCUCUCUCGGUGCGAACUCCAGUCUCUAGACGGGCCGGCCACGCACCGGAUGGGUGCCGAACAUGUCAAGUCUCUGUUCUCGACGUCUGCGGCCGACGCCAUGAGCAUUUUGGUCCCAUGGUUGACCAUGUGCGGCCUCGCUGUGGACGGGCCAGACCCGGUCCAGCUGCGGGAGCAAUCCUCGUGGCUCUCGACCUUCGCCGCCCUGUGGGAGCUCCGCCUUCAGAGCGCUGCUGAUGCCUCCGAGGUUGCAACACAUCUUUCCGGAACGGCUGCCCGAAUUCUCGGAAAAUUGGCGAGGCACGCAGGUCAGACGCCGCUGGGAGUUGAUGCGAUCAUCCGGGAGCGGUGGACCCGAGACCUCCGCCGCUUCUUGACGCGGAACCUGAUUCUGCCGGCUAGGGCAAUCUUCUUGAACAAGAGAAGCCAAGAGAUUGUGAAGGUUGCUGUGGACAUGUCGAGCCCAUCGGCGCAAUUCAGCUUUCCCGUGUUGUUUGACCUGGUUAGCAACUCUCCGCUAGAACACGGCGCUAAGACGUCAAAAAAGGAUCACGAAACAUGGGUACAAACUGUGUUCGAUGCGAUUCUGCAUGCUGCGAGGAAUGUCAACCCUGAAAACCGGACAGCAGCUGUCAGGUCAGUCAUGGAACUUGCGGCGGAGCGAGGCACAGCGUUAUCGAUCUCAAGCCUCCGUGCUGUGUGCAAUGACUAUGCCCUCCGCAAGGACGAGCACGACUGGAGUCUGCUGCUUGCCGCCAUCAAGCUCAACCCGGACGUUUUCCUGAUUGCCGACGAAGGCAAGCGGCUCCUCGAGCGCGUUCUAGAAAGAACGAAGGAACCAUAUUCUGUAGCGGCCGGAGACUGGGAGAAGGCAGCGCGGUUCAUCGUUCUGCUUGCAGACGGGUAUGCCCAAGCACGCGACCUGUCCACCUUUGUCAGAGUUUGGCUCGACCAUCUUGCCCCUACCAAGCCCGGGGGUGUCAUUCAGCCACUUUGGGCGCAAGACGAGCUUGCGGAGACCGUCGCAAGACUGGUCCAGCCAUCUCUGACCUCAGCUCAGUUGGUCGACAUCAUAGAAUGGCUCGCGUCUCGGACAUUGCAAAACGAAACUUGGGCAAAGAUCCAUAUUCUCGAAGCCCUUUCAAACGGUAUCUCACAGGAAGACUUUAUCGAUGCUGUAAACAUCAAGAUCUUUGAGGCUGCUUUCGCGGAGAAGUCUUCCAAGUCGGAGAACCCAUCCAUCUCUGCAUUGCGGUGGACGGUGGCUUCGAAGGCCGUUGCCAGGGGAACUUCACAGGAAGCUGAUCACGUUUGGUCUCAGAUCAAGUCCGAUCUUAAGAAUACCCUCCAAAAAGGUCAUGUGGACAUGGUCAACACCUUCACUGCUUUCAAAUGUUGCGUCGCUGUCUGGUUGGCAAACCAUCCUAGUGGGCCACACGAGGACGACACAGCUAGUAUGAUCUGCUGCUUUGUUGAGCGGAUACAGAAAACUAGCGAGCCCACAAAGCUGAGCUCCGACGGCUCCAAAGCCCCAAUUACCAAAGGGGCCUUCUCUCAUCUAGAGUCAAUAGGACGCUGUUUGUCGAAAGUCCACAAGCGCUCGAACCGGCGGUCUAGGGAUAAGCUUCCUGUUGAUGACGGAUUAGGAGAUCGGGGUAACUUCAGGCUUCUGCAACAACUGACUGUGCUGGCUAUUCGGCAAAUGACAAGCGGGAACCCUGGAGAGCGGGAAAAGGCGUAUCUCAGAGAAGCCAUCUCGCUUCUUCAGAGCCAAUGUGAUGAUUCAGAUGCCGCAGCACGCAUCGUUCUUCUCCAAGCCUUCAUCUCGACUGUGCAAAGCUCGCCGGCUAUCAGGAAACUUGAAGAGGAUGGUCUAAAUUUCAACGAUCUCAACAGUCGACUUGUACAGCUUGCGUCGUCAACGAUCGCAUCGGGAAAGCGAAGUGGAAAGGGGCUAUUAGUUCUCCUCCUCGCCCUCGGAGCACUCAGCGACUUGGACCGUGAGGCCGUCAGAUCGGCGUUCUCUGACUCGGUCCCUUCGCUGCUAGAGGCUAGUAACUCGCUCCUUGAGGCCGGAUCGCGGGCCGGCUGGGAACUGCGCACGUUCGUGGCAAACCAUUUCCCUGAGGUACUCGAAUCACCACUGGAACUCAAAAUGCCCGUUGAGCAGUCGUCGCCCCAAGGCGAAGGCGAGGAAUCCGAAAACGUCGAGUCUGCCGCAACUCUUGACAAGACAGCGCUAUUGCAGUAUCUUGAUGCUGUGGUUCGAUCUGCCGACGAAGAUGCAAAACUUGGGUACCUCAAAGAGCUGCUCCUUAGGCUCGGUGAAGGCCAAGACAUGAUCGGUCGCCAGUUGGUCGUUUACCGGCUGAUCCAACAUCUCAAAGGUAAGGCCGCCGCCCCAGGUUCGCGGCCAUCCGACUCCCCUGACCGGUUCGACCUCGCCCAAGCCCACAGUAUGCUUUGCGAUCGCCUCCUGCAGACGUCAACCCCACCCAGCUUCUACCUGACGGCGAGAGCCAUCCGUCUCAUCCUCGACCAGAACCCUGCGUGCAUGACCCAGUGGAACAUUGAGCUCACCCUCAGCACCGUAUCCGCCAUAUCCGCUCGGCCCUCGACCCAGGCCCUCCUGUCCGAAUCGCCAGGCAUCAUCUACCCGGCCCUCUGCCGCCUCGUCGAGAUGGUGAUCCGGCGCCAUCGCAAACGCCUCGACGGACACUUCCACAUCCUCCUCAUUGCCCUGCAGUCCCUCCUCCGCCUGCUCCUGUCCCAGCCGGACGCGGACGCCGACUCUCGGCAGCAGCAACAACAACAGCCACACGGGAGCGGCGGGAAACAGUGGAAAGAAAAGCAGGCCAAGCUCUUCGCCCGCCUGCUUACCCUUAUAUGCGAACCGACCGCGGCCUCGGUCACGCGCUCGCAGCAGGCCAAUACGGCGGCGGCGGGCGCCGGCCCGCUCGAGUCGGAGCGCGACAAGGCGAAGCGGUAUGCGGGCCAGUUCAUGUACCUGGUACUGAUGCAGUACGUCAAGCUGCAGCUCGAGUAUGUGGUGCCGCUCGGGGUGCGGGAGGCGCUGGAGCCGGGCGUGUACGCCAUAAUGGGCAUCACCACGCCCGACGUGUUGCGCAUCAUGAACGACGGGUUGGAUCCGGGUGGGAGGGUGGUGUUCAAGGAGAUGUACAAGAUGUACCAGCGAUUUGGGAAGUGGAGUGGUGUCUGA